AUGAGAUAUUGGAAGUAUAUAGUGGCAGCUGUGCCACUUUUACAUACAAUAGUUGCUAGUUCAAUAGCUCAUCCAAGCUCAGAGAAGUUCAUUUUGAAACCGGAAUAUGAAGAAAUGGAGAGUUUGGUAAAUGACUACAUGGGCGACCAAGACAGUGGUCAAAUUUUCGAGAAAAGAGAUCAAAUAAGUACUUUUGAAGGCAUCAUACAAAGCGUCAAUGACUCUGGAGUUAUAUUUGACGUCUUACAUGAAAUUGCUGGCUCGGACGAGCAGAUAGACAACCUUGCUAAUACUAUUACGACAUUAGUUCAAAAUGGUAGCACUAUGGUGGAUGGAGUCAACAUUACUCUCAAUUACACAAAUAUUUGGAACUCAAUUAAAAAGUCUGGUUUGGUUGAAUCUCUCCUAAAUGGGUUGCUUUUAGAUCCUGAAAAUCGUCUGUAUGUUGCAAGGGCGUCAGGUGGUUUGUUACGCCGUGAUAUAUGGAUUUCAAAAAUCAUUUAUGAUCUUGGUAAUGGACAAAAGCUCACCGUUAAAUAUCUUGCAGAUACCAUACGCAAUUUUAAGAGUAAGGCACCAGAAUUAACCAAAUCUAAUUCAACUGAUCCUCUAGUUUAUAAAAGAGACGAUGACAAGUAUUCGGGAUCUGCGCAACAAUUUUUUAAUAAUUUGAUAGGAGCAGUGAUCAAUUCUGAGUUAGUUGGUGGAAGCUUAGAAAAUUUCCUUAUUGCAUUGAAUAGAACAGGGGUUGCUCUUUCUGUUACUUUAAAAGUCCUCGGAGAUGGCCAAACUUUAUCAAUGUCAAGAAAGCUUGUUAGUAAACUCUAUGAUAAUGGGCUUUUCGACAACAUUGACCUCGACAAAUACUAUUCGGAUUUGAAGAAAGGAAACAAAUUAUCAAAUGCUGUUCAAGUAGUUUUGACAAACCCAACUUAUUCCCCAGGAGUCGCUAAAAUCUUGCAGCAAAUGGAAAACGAUGGCGUUUUCUAUGUGGUUCAACAUGGACUACAUGGCUUUUAA